CACGUGGCUUGGAAUCUGGAUGGGCUAACUUUCUUCGUGACGGAUCAAACAAAGAAGAGCUAUACCAUCUUUUGUCGUCACAUUGUUACUCAAACAUGGACUUACCAAUGGGUAAAGAAUUCGUCAUAACUGAUGGCUCCGAAGCUCUUAGUAAAACCACUCCGACUGAGAAUAUGGCACCGUGCAAUCACGAAGAAGCGGACACACGGGUAAUGCUUCAUCUUGCUGACGCUGUGCUGAAAGGGCACUCCAAGGUAAUGUUAAGAACAGUCGACACAGAUGUCGUCGUACUAGCAAUAUCUUGUGUGCCAAAGCUAGAAGAACUAUGGGUGCACAUUGGAACAGGACGAAAUCACCAAUACCUGGCGUGUCACACUAUAUCUUCAUGUUUAGGCCCUGAAAGAACACACGUUUUGCCCUUAUUUCAUUCUUUCACCGGAUGUGUCACAACCUCAUCCUUUAACGGAAGAGGGAAAAAAACCGCGUUUGAAGCUUGGAAAGCAUAUCCGAAUGUCACACGGGGGUUUGAAGCACUGUAUAGGGGGGAAUAUGACAGAGCGGACCCUGAAAUUCAAAAAUUUGUUAUUACCAUGUAUGACAGAUCAUGCCCCUCUGAGACAGUAAAUGAGUGUCGCAAGAAUUUAUUUACAAAAAAAGACAGGCAAAUCGAUAAUUUGCCUCCUACUGAAGCUGCUCUCAAACAACAUACCUUAAGGGCAGUUUUACAGGCUGUUUAUGUUUGGGGGCAGUGCCUAAUAAAAAACCAGAAUAUUCCUUGCCCAUCUGAAUGGGGUUGGCAGAAAGAAGGAGAAGUUUGGGUGCCACUGUGGACCCAAAGUCCUAUGGCUGCUCAAGCAUGCCUGGAGUUGAUUAGAUGUAGGUGCUUGAAAUCUUGCAGAAACAAAUGUAAUUGCUCCAAACGCCAGCUCAAAUGCACAGAACUAUGUAAUUGUGGAGGAAAUUGUAAAUAAAUGUCUGUAAACUUUAA